AUGGCGACCCAGACGCUACAUGGCAGUUGCGCCUGCGGCAGGAACCGCUAUGUUAUCGAGAUGCCGAAGCAGCAGAUUGGGCAGGCAGAGCUGCGAUACGACAACACUUCUGCGUCGCGACACCACUCGGCCAACCCUCUCACACUAUGGCUUCGCGUACCUCUGCCCUGGUACACCUCUGCGACAUUUGCGCAAUUCCUCGACGAAACCCCUAUGAGCAUCAAGCGCAGCUUCACCUCCCCGUAUACCCCGAAUAGCCGCCGUCAAUUCUGCGGAUACUGCGGUACUCAGCUCACAUCAUGGAACGAGCGAACGCGCGACGAGGCCGAUCACAUCUCCCUGACAGUCGGCAGCUUGCUGGACGAGGACCAGGAGAUGCUGGGUGAACUCGGCUUCCUGCCCAGUAGCAGCGAAAGCAGCGACGACGAAGUGUCCGUUGCUGGUCCCUCAAGGACGACUGACCGCUCGCGCUCCGUCGCCCGUUCAGAACCACAGUCUCGCGGUGCGCCUUGGUUCGAGGAGAUUGUGCGCAACACUCGUUUGGGCCGCUUCAAGCAGCAGCGCGGUGGACACACUGAGAGCGGCGUGCACGUCGAGUGGGAAGUCACCGAGUGGACUGAAGGCGACGACGGCGACGACGAGGGCAGCGCCACACCCAGCAAGCGGAAGAUCGGCGAUGUGGACGGUACUGACGAUACCGAGAUGCGCAGCGCAUAA